AUGGGUAGAGUACUAAACCGUCCAACCUUCUUUUGGGUACCAGAGUUUGUCAUAAACACUGUUUUCGGAAGAGAAAUGGCAACUGAAACAAUCCUUAGUAGUCAAAGAGUUUUACCAAACAAAUUGAUGGACUAUGGAUAUCAAUUUGUAGAUACUGAUCUUGAAAAAACUUUAAGAAAACAACUUUCAAGAUAA